AUGGCGUUCCUCCUCUUGCUCGUCACCCCCCUCCCCUUUGCCAUCCGGACCAAGAUCGUCGACUUCACGUUCUUCCUCCAGAAGAACAAGCACUACCGAACGUUCGUGGCGUUUUUCGUGGUUCUCAUGAGUCUCCAGGUCGCCGACUGUGUCCAGAAGUUGCAACGGUUCCAGAAGACCAACAACCCGUACUUCGCCCAGGAUGCCAACAAGCCGUUGCUGUACGACCAAUUGGCGCUGAAGUUCUACGCCCAGCGCAACUUGUACAUCUCCGGCGCCGUGUUGUACUUGACCAUCGCCAUCUACACCGUCGUCACCAUCGUCCGCAAGUUGGUGGUGAAGGAAAAGGCUAUCCGCAUGGUCGAGCUGGGGGAAAUUGAGUCGCCCACUGCUGCCGAUGACUCGGCGAAGUUGAUGGCGCAAAUCGAAAAGAGAAACAAGGAGAUCGAGGCGUUGCUGGCGCAAGUCAACAACUUGCAACGUGAGUACGACGGGUUGUCGACCUCGCAACCGGUGGCCAAGGACGACUAG